CGGGGUCGAGGCUCCUCCUCCGCCGCCGCUGUGCCGGGGAUGCUGCGGCCGGGCCGGCUCCGGGAGCCCCGCGGAGCCCCGCGCCGCGCCGAGGAGCCAGCGGCCACCCGAGGCUCGCCGCUCCCGGCCGCACCGAGGGCCGUGCUAUGAUCUGGGGGUGCCGGGAGCAGCAUGGGCAGCGUCAGCAGCCUCAUCUCCGGCCACAGCUUCCACAGCAAGCACUGCCGAGCCUCCCAGUACAAGCUCCGCAAGUCCUCGCACCUGAAAAAGCUCAACCGCUACUCGGACGGGCUGCUCCGCUUCGGCUUCUCGCAGGACUCCGGCCACAAGUCCGGCUCCAAGAGCAGCAAGAAUGAGGAUUUCUUUUACAUCAAGGUCAGCCAGAAGUCGCACGGCUCCCAGCGGCCGGACUACACCGCCCUGGGCGGCGGGGAGCUGGGAGUGCCCGCCGGGAGCAGUGGGCUGGACUUCGGGACGCCCACGCCGCAGAAGCUGAUGCCCUUCCCCAGCCAGCUGGAGGUGGGCGGGGAGAAGCCGCUGCCUCGUCCCACGGCCUUCAAGCCGGUGCUGCCGCGCUCCGGGGCCAUCCUGCGCUCGUCCCCCGAGAGCGGGGGGCCCCUGGCCCAGCAGCUGCACCCCCCGGAGAAGGCCAAGGAGCAGGAGCUGCGGCCGCUGCCGUGCUCGGGGGGCCUGUCCGACUCCGGCCGCAACUCCAUGUCCAGCCUGCCCACGCACAGCACCAGCAGCAGCUACCAGCUGGAGCCCCUCGUCACCCCCAUGGGCCCCAUCAGCCGCUUCGGGGGCUCUGCCCACAACAUCCUGCAGUGCGCCAUCAUCCAGGACAGCAACAUGAUGAGCCUCAAGGCCAUGUCCUUCUCCGAUGGUGGCAACAAGAUCCUGAACCCUGGCAAGGCCCCCCACCACCACCCCGCCGCCGAGAAGAGCACCUGCGUGCGCUCGCCCAUCGCCACGGACGAGUCCACCAUCCAGGAGCUGGAGCAGAAGCUGCUGGAGAGGGAGGGGGAGCUGCAGGAGCUGCAGUCGAGCUUUGAGGAGAAGGAAAUCAGCUCCUGCCAGGCCUAUGAGGAGAAGCAGAGGCGCUGCAAGGAGGAGCUGGAGGGGCUGAAGCAGAAAUGCAACAGCAAACUCAAGCAAACCUCGCAGAAGACGCAGCGGACGCAGCAGGUGCUGCACCUGCAGGUGUUCCAGCUGCAGCAGGAGAAGCAGCAGCUGCGGGAGGAGCUGGAGAAACUCAUGAAGGAGCAGAACCUGCUGGAGACCAAGCUGAGGUCCUACGAGAAGGAGAAGACCAGCUUUGCCCCGGCACUGGAGGAGACGCAGUGGGAGGUGUGCCAGAAAUCCGGGGAGAUCUCGCUGCUGAAGCAGCAGCUGAAGGAGUCGCAGACCGAGCUCACCACCAAGACCACGGAGAUCCUGAGCCUGAAGGCGCAGCUGAAGGAGGUGAGGCUGAAGAUGGAGGGGCUGGAGAUGAAGACCCAGGAGCUGGAGGUGUCGCUGCGCACCAAGGCCAUGGAGCUGGAGGUGUGCGAGAAUGAGCUGCAGCGCAAGAAGAACGAGUCGGAGCUGCUGCGGGAGAAGGUGAACCUGCUGGAGCAGGAGAUCCUGGAGCUGCGCUCCGAGCUCGCCGUGCUCCGCGAGCAGCUCAGCGAGGGGCCCCGGCCGGGCGGGGACGAUGCCCAGGCCCUGCAGGGGCAGCUGGAGAGGCUGCGGGCGGAGCUGCAGGCGGAACGUGACAACAACGAGCAGAUGAGCUGCAGCUUCCAGCAGGAGCGGCAGACGUGGAAGGAGGAGAAGGAGAAGGUGAUCCACUACCAGAAGCAGCUGCAGCAGAGCUACCUGCACAUGUACAAGAGGAACCAGAGCCUGGAGAAGAUGCUGCAGCAGCUGGCGGCGGGCGAGGACGGCAAGGAGCCCAUCGAGCUGGAGAUCCCCGGCGCCGACGUCCCCUACGAGGACAUCAUCGCCACCGAGAUCUGAGCUGCCGUCCC